AUGGAAGACUUGGAUGAUGAUGCAGAAGAGAUUUUUGAAGAUGCAGUAGAGGAGAUCGCAGAGAAAACUGUUAGAAAGGAUGCCGCUACAAAAGAUAAUUGUAAAAAUGAAAAGGAUAUGGCACAGGAAACAGUUAGCAGAGAUGAUCCGACAACAGCACAAGUGGGCGAGCUGUUGGAAUGGCACUCGGUGGUGUGGCCGGAGCAAUGA